GCACGUGAGCGCGGGGAACGCGAACAACAAUAGAAAGCAGAGGAGGGAGGCGCAGGCGCAGGGAGCAGCUUCCUCGCGGCGGAAGGAGACGUCGGAUCUCCUGCAGGACAAUGUGAAGGAGCCAAGCGGAGUAGACGCAGCAGCCGGGAUGGACGCGGAGGCGCCGUGAGCUUUUUCGCCGCUGCUCCCCCACCAAAACCCCGUUGAGGAAAAGGCUUUUUCCUCCUUUUUGUUCCCGAGGAGCGGCCGCGGAGAUGGGAGACGAGCGCUGAGGAGACGCGGCGGCUCGGCCGAAGAACGGCAGAAAUAUGGGUGUCGCGCUGCGGAGUCUGUUGUUGUUGUUUAGCUUUUCUUUUGUCGUACGAGUUGCAGGCGAGCCGCUGCUUCUGUACGCGAACCGGCGGGACCUCCGCCUGGUGGACACCGCCCACGAGAAGGCCAACGACACCGUGGUGGUGGGCGGGCUGGAGGACGCCGCCGCCGUGGAUUACGUCUACUCUCAGGGCCUCAUCUACUGGAGCGACGUCAGCGAAGAGGCCAUCAAACGCACGUUCUUCAACCAGUCGGGCGCCAGUCCGGUCCAGACGGUGGUGCAGGGUCUGGCCUCCCCGGACGGCUUGGCCUGUGAUUGGUUGGGGAGCAAACUUUACUGGACAGACUCAGAAACCAAUCGGAUCGAGGUCGCGGAGCUGGAUGGGUCUCUGAGAAAGGUUCUGUUCUGGCAGGAGCUGGACCAGCCCAGAGCCAUAGCCCUGGAUCCAGAGCGAGGGUUCAUGUACUGGACAGACUGGGGGGAGGUCCCGAAGAUCGAGCGGGCGGGGAUGGACGGCACCAACCGCUCCAUGAUCAUCCACAAAGACAUCUACUGGCCCAACGGGCUGACGCUGGACUACAGCCAGCAGAAGCUGUACUGGGCAGACGCCAAGUUCAACUUCAUCCACCGCUCCAACCUGGACGGAUCCCACAGGGAGGUGGUGGUUAAAGACGAGCUUCCUCACCCCUUCGCCCUCACGCUGUACGAGUCCACGCUCUUCUGGACCGACUGGAACACCCACUCCAUCCACUCUUGUACCAAGGAGACGGGGAGGGGCCAGCGCACCGUGCACUCCAACAUCUUCUCCCCCAUGGACAUCCACGUGUUCAGCCCCCGGAGACAGCCCGUCUCGGUCAACAGUCCCUGCUCCCGGGACAAUGGCGGAUGCUCCCACCUGUGCCUGCUGGCGCCGUCCAGCCCCUUCUUCCGGUGCGCCUGUCCCACCGGCGUGCAGCUGCUGGAGGACGGGAGGACCUGCAGAGACGGUGCGACCCAGAUGCUGCUGCUGGCUCGGCGGACCGACCUGCGGCAGAUCUCUCUGGACACGCCAGACUUUACGGACGUGGUGCUGCAGGUGGAAGACAUCCGUCACGCCAUCGCCAUCGACUACGACCCCGUGGAGGGUUACCUGUACUGGACGGAUGACGAUGUGAAGGCCAUCCGUCGCUCGCGGCUGGACGGCAGCGACGCCCAGUUUAUCGUCACGUCUCAGGUGAGCCAUCCUGACGGCAUCGCGGUGGACUGGAUCGCCCGGAACCUGUACUGGACCGACACCGGGACCGACCGCAUCGAGGUGACUCGUCUUAACGGCACCAUGCGCAAGAUCUUGAUCUCCGAGGACCUGGACGAGCCCAGAGCCAUCGUUCUGGACCCUGUGGCUGGAUACAUGUACUGGACCGACUGGGGCGAGGUGCCGAAGAUCGAGCGGGCCGAUCUGGACGGGAUGGAGCGGGUGGUGAUGGUGAACACCUCCCUGGGCUGGCCCAACGGCCUCGCGCUCGACUACCACGAAGGGAGGAUGUACUGGGGGGACGCCAAGACGGACAAGAUCGAGGUGAUGAACGUGAACGGCACCGGGCGGCGGGUUCUGGUGGAGAACAAGCUCCCUCACAUCUUCGGCUUCACGCUGCUGGGAGACCACAUCUACUGGACGGACUGGCAGCGCCGCAGCAUCGAGCGCGUCCACAAACGCACCGCAGAGAGGGAGGUCAUCAUCGACCAGCUGCCCGACCUCAUGGGCCUGAAGGCCACGUUCGUGCACGAGGCCUUUGGUUCGAACCCGUGUGCAGAGAGCAACGGCGGCUGCAGCCACCUCUGCCUCUACAAGCCGCGGGGGGUCCAGUGCGGCUGCCCCAUCGGGCUGGAGCUCAUCGCCGACAUGCGGACCUGCAUCGUCCCCGAGGCCUUCCUGCUCUUCUCCAGACACACGGACAUCCGCCGCAUCUCCCUGGAGACCAACAACAACAACGUGGCCAUCCCGCUCACCGGCGUCAAGGAGGCCUCCGCGCUGGACUUUGACGUCACCGACAACCGGAUCUACUGGACCGACAUCACUCUGAAGACCAUCAGCCGGGCAUUCAUGAACGGCAGCGCUCUGGAGCACGUGGUCGAGUUUGGCCUGGACUAUCCUGAGGGCAUGGCGGUGGACUGGCUCGGGAAGAACCUUUAUUGGGCUGACACCGGCACCAACCGCAUAGAGGUGGCCAAACUGGACGGGCAGCACCGGCAGGUCCUGGUCUGGAAGGACCUGGACAGCCCGCGAGCUCUGGCUCUGGAUCCAGCUGAGGGGUACAUGUACUGGACCGAAUGGGGCGGGAAACCGAAGAUUGACAGAGCUGCAAUGGACGGAACCGGCCGCAUUACUCUGGUGGGAAACGUGGGCCGGGCCAACGGGCUCACCAUUGAUUAUGCGGAGCGGCGGCUGUACUGGACCGACCUGGACACCACGCUCAUCGAGUCCUCGAACAUGCUGGGUCUGGACCGUGAGGUGAUCGCCGAUGACCUCCCACAUCCGUUCGGUCUCACCCAGUACCAGGACUACAUCUACUGGACGGACUGGAGCCAGCGCAGCAUCGAGCGGGCCAACAAGACCAGCGGGCAGAACCGCACCCUCAUCCAGGGCCACCUGGACUACGUCAUGGACAUCCUGGUGUUCCACUCGUCCAGACAGGGCGGCUGGAACGCCUGCGCCGCCACCAACGGGCACUGCUCCCACCUGUGCCUCGCCGUGCCCGUCAGCAGCUUCGUCUGCGGAUGCCCCGCCCACUUCUCCCUCAACGAGGACAACAAGACCUGCAGCGCCCCCACCUCCUUCCUGCUCUUCAGCCAGAAGUCGGCCAUCAACCGGAUGGUGAUCGACGAGCAGCAGAGCCCCGACAUCAUCCUGCCCAUCCACAACCUGAAGAACGUCCGCGCCAUCGACUACGACCCGCUGGACAAACACCUGUACUGGAUCGACUCCAAGCAGAACCUCAUCCGCCGCGCUCAGGAGAACGGCAACCAGUGCACGACGGUGGUGUCCAGCUCCCUGAUCGGACCGGGUCAGGUUCUGCAGCUGUACGACCUGAGCAUUGACAUCUUCAGCCGCUUCAUCUACUGGACCAACGAGGCCACCAACGUCAUCAACGUGACGCGCAUGGACGGCAGCAGGGUGGGCGUGGUUCUGAACGGCGAGCAGGACCGACCGCGGGCCAUCGUGGUGAACCCAGAGAGGGGGUACAUGUACUUCACCAACCUGCAGGACCGCUCCCCCAAGAUCGAGCGGGCGGCGCUUGACGGCACCGAGCGUGAGGUUCUGUUCUUCGGCGGGCUGGGGAAGCCCGUCGCCCUGGCCAUCGACAAUGACGUGGGGAAGCUGUUCUGGGUGGACUCGGACCUGCGGCGCAUCGAGAGCAGCGACCUUUCCGGAGCCAAUCGGAUCGUGAUCGCAGACUCCAACAUCCUGCAGCCGGUCGGGCUCACCGUGUUCGGAAACCAUCUGUACUGGAUCGACAAGCAGCAGCAGAUGAUCGAACGCAUCGACAAGAUGACGCGGGACGGCCGCACCAAGGUGCAGGCGCGCGUGUCCUACCUGAGCGACAUCCACGCCGUGCACGAGCUGGACAUGAGGGACUACGGCAAACACCCGUGCACGUGGGACAACGGCGGCUGCUCGCACAUCUGCAUCGUGAAGGGCGACGGGACAACGCGCUGCUCCUGCCCCGUCCACCUGGUGCUGCUGCAGGACGAGCUCUCCUGUGGAGAGCCCCCCACCUGCUCGCCGGACCAGUUCGCCUGCACGUCCGGCGAGGUGGACUGCAUCCCGCAGACGUGGAGGUGUGACGGCUACUCGGAAUGCGACGACAGCAGCGACGAGGAGGACUGCCCCGUCUGCUCCGAGGACGAGUUCCAGUGCGACAGCCGCCAGUGCAUCGACCUGAGCCUGCGCUGCAACGGGGAGGUCAACUGCCAGGACCGCUCCGACGAGAACAAGUGUGAAGUCCCGAUCCGGUGUCCCGCCGAUCAGUUCUCCUGCUCCAACGGUCAGUGCAUCGGGAAGCACAAGAAGUGCGACCACAACAUGGACUGCAGCGACAACUCUGACGAGAUCGGCUGCUACCCAACAGAGGAGCCGCCGCCUCCAACCAACAGCACCAUCAACUCCAUCGUGGGCGUGGUCAUGGCCUUGUUCGUGGUGGGCGCCAUCUAUUUUGUGUGUCAGCGCGUCUUGUGUCCCCAAAUGAAGGAUGACGGCGAGACCGUCACCACCAACGACUUCGUGGUCCACGGGCCGUCGUCUGUGCCGCUGGGAUAUGUUCCACAUCCGAGUUCGCUGUCCAGCUCGCUGCCCGGUAUGACCAGAGGGAAGUCUGUCAUUGGUUCCCUAAGCAUCAUGGGCGGGAGCAGCGGCCCGCCAUACGACCGGGCCCACGUCACCGGGGCCUCGUCCAGCAGCUCGUCCAGCACCAAGGGCACCUACUUUCCUCCGAUCCUGAACCCUCCCCCCUCUCCCGCCACGGUCCGGUCCCAGUACACGCUGGAGUUCGGAUACUCCUCCAACAGCCCAUCCACCCACAGAUCCUACAGUUACCGGCCGUACACCUACCGCCACUUUGCUCCUCCCACCACGCCCUGCAGCACGGACGUCUGCGACAGCGACUACACGCCGGGACGCCGGGCGCCGCUCAAGUCCAGCGGCGCUGCGAAGGGCUACACCAGCGACCUCAACUAUGACUCUGAGCCGUUCCCGCCGCCGCCAACGCCCCGCAGCCAGUACCUGUCGGCGGAGGAGAACUGCGAGAGCUGCCCGCCGUCGCCUUUCACCGAGCGCAGCUACUCCCACCACCUCUACCCGCCUCCGCCGUCCCCCUGCACGGACUCCUCGUGAGCCACACCGCCCGCUCUCUGCACGGCUCCGCCCCUUUAUGUAAAUAGCAAUUGUGCAUAUAUGAGGUCAAACUUGGAAGGAGCGUUGGACCGAAAAAGGGAAAAGGGAGAAAGGGGAGCUGCAGGACAUUUGUACAUUUGAAAAAGAGAAAAGCAUAUUUAUAUAUUUUCUAUACAGUGUUUACUGAUGACGCCAUAGAGAUUUGUAUUAAGAAAUUUGUACAUUUUUUAAGAAAAGGUUUUAUUAAAAUCGUGACAAAUAUAAGUUGCCUUAAACCAGGAGAAGGACAGAAAGCACACCAAGCAGCGAGACGUUCCAUUUCUCCAAAGCCAAAAACAGCCCGAGCAGGCGGUGGCCACACCCAUUGCUGCGCCGCUCCAUGGUUACCAUGACAACCUGAGGGGGCGGACAGCCUACGUUGAGAAUCCAUUUUUCUGAACACUGUGUGGUACGAGGAAGAGUGGAGAUGGAGCCGUGCCCCCCCCCAGACCAUGGCGUACGGCGGCACGAAGGAACCGUAGCGGCGCAGCGGCAACCAAAAUGUGAGUUUGGUGGUCGCGUGACGGCGCCGCCGCUGGGCUCCUCGUCCUGUUGGUGACCUCGUGCCUCAACAGCUUCACCUUUUGGUUUCAGUGCCACCUGAUAGUAUUUUUGUACCACGAAGCGUGUAGAUAAACGUAUUUAUAAGCUAUCUAGAAGAGCCUUGUAAACCAGUCUGAUUGUUUCUCAUUCCUUUUUAUAUCGCCUCUAUUUUUCUACAGAAUCAGACGUACAGCGACAAUCUCCCAACACUUGAACAUAUCCAGGUUUUUCUGUCCCCACGUGGGCCAAAAAGGUGGGCGUGGGGCCGUGUGGGCGGGGCUCGCAGUAGUUUCCCUCCGGGUGCUGAAAAAACACCAGCAUGACGCCAGACAAUCCAACGUCUGACACACAUCUGUCUGUGUUUCAGAAGGAAAGCUCCACAUUAAGACGCCAAAGUUUACAUGAAAAGAUGCGUUUGUCCCAAAGUUCCUGUAGGAGGACGUGAAACCGUCUGACGUUCCCGCCUUUGACGGUUUUCUGUUCCGGAGCAUUUCCAUUGCACGUCUGCUCUGGAAAAAGCUCCAAAUGUUUGCGCGUGUUUUUAUUAGAAGCUCGGGUUUCCAGAGGGGGUGGAGCCUGUCGGGGUGGGCCUUCGGGACGUCUCAUUACUGCACUUUACAGGACGUGGUCCGACAGGAGGUUUAGCUUAGCUGCAGAGCUGCUCCGUGGAGGCCUUUGGACGUCCACAGAUCAGAGCUCUGGAUUCACAGAAGACGGAUCAGAUCUGACCGCUUCAUCAUGCAAUGCUUCUGCAGAAACCUCCUCAUUCUAACCACACUGAAAACGGUGGUGCUGCAGAGGACGGCUGACGUGCGGACUCCUUUGGGGCCUGCGGGAGGCGCCGUUAGACAGUCCAGGCACUGGAAGUGAUGCACAGACUGAAGAUGAAUGAAAAGGCUGACGGGAAGGGAGAUGGUUUUGGGUGAAAAGCACUUUUGUCUGUGUGAGGAAACCCUGGACUGCUUCACCCGGACGUUUGUGGACGCUUCAUUCCUGCUGACUGUUGUUCUGCCUGUAACCUGAUCUCCACAUGGACCUGUACAGCCCGCCAGCUGCUCCCAUAAGCUCUUGUAAUCUGUCAAAUGUUGGUUUAUUUUCUGCUUUUGUUGAAUAUAAAUUGAACUUGUCAUGGAG